GUGAUCGUUUAUCGCCAUGGCCGCGGAUAUUCAUCCCUACGCAGUGUCUGGAUUUUCAGAAGACCUCGACUGGAGCACACUGCAUUUCGUUAAACCCUUCGACGACAUCAGAGUGUGCAGUGCUUGUGGAGUCGUUGCGACGAAGACCGCCUUCCUCCCGUGCCGCCAUGUUUUGUGCGAGCCUUGCUACGGCCAGUGGAAGCCUAGAAUCAAGGUCUGCUUCCUCGAUGGCGAGCUGUGUCCAGAAAACGAAGUCCAUUGGAUGGAGUUUCCAGCAGAGAAGUUGAUGAAGCGUGAGGUCACUUGCUGGAAUAGAGAAAACGGUUGCAAGGCCAUCACUGAUGCUUCAAGCAUAGCGGGACACUUUCACCGAGAGUGCCAGUACCAUUCGGCAUGCUGCCUAGUCUGUUCGUCGACGGUUCUUCGAAGGCAUAUGAUCGCACACCUUGAGUCACACUGCACCAACUAUGUGCUCGACAGAAAGUCGAAAUGGACACACAGCAAGGAUUUUUUGAGGAAUGUGCAAUGGCUUCGAGAAAGUCUUCGUACCUUAGAGUUGGAAUUUCGAAACGCAAGCGAGAAAUAUGCGUCUUUGCUGUCAAGUCUACCGGGAAUUACAGCAACCAACGCUGAAAAUCACAACAACAUUUUGACGAUGGCAGUUGAAGUAAACCAGGUGUUAGAGUUGUCCAGGCAGACAGUGAGAGAGGUCGAAAGAAGCAGAGAAAGUCAAAUGCAUCAAACUGCAAAAUUGAAAACAAUGAAAGAACAUUUCUGCGCUGAGCUGAACGAAAUCAAAAGGGUGGCCGAUGAGUUGGGGCCUUGCAUGGCCACCGCUCAAAAAGACAACCCGCAGCUCGAUGAACAUGUUGAGAACUUGCAAGUACUGCAGAAGGAAAUGCAAAGCCUCUCAACCAAACUAGGAGAACUGAAAAACAAGGCCCGCCAUAAAGCAGCGCUCAGGAACAGUGCUGACGUAGGCGCCUUGCCAGAGGUUCUAAGCUUCCCCGUCUUGUCUUACGGAGUCAUGUGGGACGACGAAAGAAUUAUAUUGAAUGGCUUCGUCCGCGUCAUCGAAAAUGCACUGAAGGUUCCCAGCAAAGUCUUUUGGUGCGUGGACAAAUGGUCCAAGCUCGCAUGUAAGAUUAACGCAAAUAAGUUCUUUCGGUGUGAUGCAGAUGUCGCUGUUGACGAUAGAUACACGAUAUACCUGAGCAUAGAUGCUCUUUCUGAAGACAAGCAGCGAUUUCAGUUUUCUAUAUGUGUGUGUGAAACACGGUGGACCAUUCUUGCGGCGUCACCCAAGAAGAUUAAGGUGGAAUUUUUCAACAGAGGAAAAGGUGGUACUGAAUACGAGCUUAAGCGCAGAGAACGAGAAGUAUAUCUGUCUGGCGGCUUUUGCGCAGCGGAUCUUGAAAGCGGCGGAGGUGUUCACGAGGACAUGCUAAAAGUUUGCUUCAAAUUUUUCUAUUGACUUCUGUGGUCAAGUGCAAGACGGCAUUUUUUAUGCAGAGCCAUCUAUGAUGCUGCUGAAACUGUGCGGCGUGUGGUUACUAAAAGCA